GUUUACUUUGGGUUCGCAGAUCUUCCAGGUCUUUCGCCCUCCCGCAGCGCCCACUGCAGUGUCCAGGUUCGGUGGCCUUUCUCUGCAAGGAGACCCACGAACAACUGCAGUUAUAUUGGGAUGGGUUGCGCAUGAUUUGACUCUUUACAGAACAUCCUUUCAUGCUUCCUAGAGAUUGAGCUGCGCGGAGGAUCCCUCCGACUUGAUUGUGGGCCUGAGAAAAGUUUCGGAACGCGCAGAAAUGGAGCAAGAGCCACAAAAUGGAGAACCUGCUGAAAUUAAGAUCAUCCGAGAAGCAUAUAAGAAGGCCUUUUUAUUUGUUAACAAAGGUCUGAAUACAGAUGAAUUAGGUCAGAAGGAAGAAGCAAAGAACUACUAUAAGCAAGGAAUAGGACACCUGCUCAGAGGGAUCAGCAUUUCAUCAACAGAGCCCGAGCAUACAGGCCCUGGGUGGGAAUCUGCUAGACAGAUGCAGCAGAAAAUGAAAGAAACACUACAGAAUGUACGCACCAGACUGGAAAUUCUAGAGAAGGGUCUUGCCACUUCUCUACAGAAUGAUCUUCAGGAGGUGCCCAAGCUAUAUCCAGAAUUUCCACCUAAAGACAUGGGUGAAAAAUUACCAGAACCUCAGUCUUUUAGUUCAGCUCCCCAGCAUGCUGAAGUAAAUGGGAGCACUUCAAGUGCAGGGGCAGUUGCAUCUCUCUCUUUACCAUCGCAAAGUUGUCCAGCAGAAGCUCCUCCUGCUUAUACUCCUCAGGCUGCUGAAGGUCACUACACUGUAUCCUAUGGAACAGAUUCCGGGGAGUUUUCAUCAGUCGGAGAAGAGUUUUAUAGGAAUCAUUCUCAGCCGCCGCCUCUUGAGACCUUAGGGUUAGAUGCAGAUGAAUUGAUUUUGAUACCAAAUGGAGUGCAGAUUUUUUUUGUAAAUCCUGCAGGGGAGGUUAGUGCACCUUCGUAUCCUGGGUACCUUCGAAUUGUGAGGUUUUUAGAUAAUUCUCUUGAUACAGUUCUAAACCGUCCUCCCGGAUUUCUUCAGGUUUGUGACUGGUUAUACCCUCUAGUUCCUGAUAGAUCUCCAGUUCUGAAAUGUACCGCUGGAGCCUACAUGUUUCCUGAUACAAUGCUACAAGCAGCAGGAUGCUUUGUGGGGGUCGUCCUGUCCUCUGAGUUACCAGAAGAUGAUAGAGAGCUCUUUGAGGAUCUGUUAAGGCAAAUGUCUGACCUUCGGCUCCAGGCCAACUGGAACAGGGCAGAAGAAGAAAAUGAAUUCCAAAUCCCUGGAAGAAGUAGACCCUCCUCUGACCAACUGAAAGAAGCCUCUGGCACUGAUGUGAAACGGUUGGACCAGGGCAAUAAGGAUGUACGUCAUAAAGGAAAACGUAGCAAAAAGGCUAAAGAUACUUCAAGUGAAGAAGUUAAUCUGAGUCACAUUGUACCAUGUGAGCCAGUUGCAGAAGAAAAACCAAAAGAAUUACCUGAAUGGAGUGAGAAAGUUGCUCACAACAUUUUGUCAGGUGCUUCCUGGGUGAGUUGGGGUUUAGUCAAAGGUGCUGAGUUUACUGGCAAAGCAAUCCAGAAAGGUGCUUCUAAACUCCGAGAACGGAUUCAACCAGAAGAAAAACCUGUGGAAGUUAGUCCAGCUGUCACCAAGGGACUUUAUAUAGCAAAGCAAGCUACAGGAGGAGCAGCAAAAGUCAGUCAGUUCCUGGUAGAUGGAGUUUGCACUGUAGCAAAUUGCGUUGGAAAAGAACUAGCUCCACAUGUCAAGAAGCAUGGAAGCAAACUUGUUCCAGAAUCUCUUAAAAAAGACAAAGAUGGGAAAUCUCCUCUGGAUGGUGCUAUGGUUGUAGCAGCAAGUAGUGUUCAAGGAUUUUCAACUGUCUGGCAAGGAUUGGAAUGUGCAGCUAAAUGCAUUGUUAACAAUGUUUCAGCAGAAACUGUACAAACUGUCAGAUACAAAUAUGGCUAUAAUGCCGGAGAAGCUACCCACAAUGCAGUGGAUUCUGCUGUCAAUGUUGGUGUGACUGCCUACAAUAUUAACAACAUUGGUAUCAAAGCAAUGGUGAAGAAAACUGCAACACAAACAGGACACACUCUCCUUGAGGACUAUCAGAUAGUGGAUCAUUCUCAGAGGGAAAAUCAAGAAGGAGCAGCAAAUGUCAGUGUGAGAGGAGAGAAGGAUGAGCAGACGAAGGAAGUAAAGGAGACGAAGAAAGAUAAAUGAUGGAGCACUGGGGAUCACCUAUACCAAAGCCUUAUGAAAUGGAUGAAAUUUUGUUAAAUAGACAAAUGUGGAAUUCCUCACAGAUUAACCAGUAUUUUUUAAAUGUAUUCAUUCCUACAAAUUACCUUUCAUAAACUUUAUGGCAUGUCUUCUAUUUAAAAGGAAAAGAAUAAGUAUUCUUGCAUCUAAUCUUAGAAAUAUGAAGUUAUAUUCUCAAGUUUAUUUUUUUCCAAAUGUAGCUGAAAUAUUUUUGCAGGUAAAAUAAAGCUAAUAAUAUGUGUGCUAUUUAUACCUUAUUAAACCUAAUGUUGAGCUAUUUUUAUAUCUGCUAUCUUUCAGAAAGCGAAAUUAGUAAACUAUAGAUUUGCUUAAAACUGGCAUUUAGUAACCUUAAUUCUUUUUAUAGAAGGAAUGACUUAAAGUAUCGUCUCCUCUUUUUGCACUAAUUGUGGAUUUUUUUAGAUGCUUCUCAAAAUUUUCAGUGCAUAAGCUAAACAAAAACUAAUCCUAAACUAAGAAUUCUCAAAAAGACUUGUUCAAAACAGGGAAAAGACUCAUGAAAAGUAAAAUGGACUACAUUUGUAACUUACCUGUUUGUUAGGAAAUGGUCUUUUUUAUUUAAAAUGAAUACAAAUAGAUUAUUAAGUCUUUUGUAUUGAGACUGGUAUUAUUCUCUUAUGAGCCUAGGAAGUUUGGGAGCAUUGUUGCAUUGUAUUAAAAUUCAACAUGAUUAUUAAAAGCCUAAUUGGAUAAAAAAGUACUUUAUGAAAUUAUUUUACCAUAUCUGCUUCUGUUUUUCCAAAAGGUUAAAACUUGUAAAAAAAAAAAUAAUAAUAAUAAUAUAUAUAUAUAAACAUAAUUGAGUUUACUAAUGGUAAAUAUUUUUAUUCUGGGAUUCUGUCACUGGAAUUUAUAUUAAAAGACAAGUUUCUGAAAAGGAAAGGUUCUAUUCAUAAUCAAGGUAAAGAAUAUGAAAACCUUAGGCGUAAUCCAUGGUGGAUAGGCAUUAUGGUUUCCACUUUGGCAGAAGGCAGACUAUUCACAGACCUGUUUACUUACAUAGGCCAACAAACUGUGUAAGUAAAUACCUAAUGGAAUUUUAUUUUUGUUUAUUGAAUUUAAGAGAUACUAGUUUUCAUAGCUGUAGUCCAUUCUAAUAAUUUCAUCUUCUAGUGGCUACUUAAUUAGACUUUAUUUGAAGCUGUCUGAAGGAUGUACUUUGUGAAUAAAAAACUCUGAAUUGCCUGACCUCAUUAUCACAUGGGCUUAUAUUUCGGGAACACAUAGAACUGAUGGAGGCUUUUUCUAAGGCCAAGGAAAAUGUACUAGUUGUUAAAAUGGAAAUAAAAGUGAAUUGGUAAAUAGCUUA